GUGCACUAGAGGUUGUCCUUGCCCGCAUCUGAGGAUGUGGUGACAAUGAAGCUGGCGACUGAAUGGCUCAGCCUGAGGCCUGAGACAGACAACACUAUGGCAGUGUUAGCUAUUGUUGCUAGUUACCACUCCCUGGGCUUCAGGGGAGGAAGAAACCCCACACCUGGGGACAGGGCAGGCAGUGCAGAGAAUCCUCUGAUACCCAUACCACGGUGACUUGUUAUUCUUUCUGCAGAUACCAAGAGAUGCUUCUAGUUGGGAGCCUCGUUGUCCUCUGUGGGCUGCUGGCCCAGAGUUCAGCCCAGCUGGCAGGCCUGCCCUUGCCCUUGGGCCAGGGUCUGCCCUUGCCCCAAGACCAGCGCCUACCCUUGCCUCUGAACCAGGGCCUGCCUUCAGAUCCCACAGGUCAUCUUGCUGGAAGCUUCACAGAUGCGCUCAGUGGUGGCCUGCUGUCUGGAGGACUGCUGGGCAAUUUGGAAAACAUUCCACUCCUGGAUAUUAUAAAGUCUGGAGGAGGGACUUCUUACGGCCUGGUUGGGGGCCUGCUUGGAACACUGACUUCAUCAAUCCCUUUCCUGAACAACAUCCUUGACCUAAAAAUCACUGAUCCCCAGCUGCUGGAACUUGGCCUUGUGCAGAGCCCUGAUGGCCAUCGUCUCUAUGUCACCAUCCCUCUGGGCUUCAUAGUCAAAGUGAAAACGCCCCUGGUUGGAAAUCUUUUGGAAUUGGCUGUGAAGCUGAACAUCACCUCAGAAGUCUUGGCCGUGAAAAACAAUCAGGGGAGGGUCCACCUGGUUCUCGGUGACUGCACCCACUCCCCUGGCAGCCUGCAGAUCAUCUUGCUAGAUGGAUCCACUCCCCUUCAAAGCUUUCUAGACAGCCUCACAGUGAUAUUGACUAAAGUCCUCCCUGACCUGGUGCAGGGCAAGGUAAGGGAUCAAAGUGACUGACCUGCUCAUGGGUCUUAGAGCUUCUCUGGCUGAAAGAGAACCCUGGAGUGAACUAAACUGAGCAACUAUAUAUGAAAAGUGAAUCCAGCCCUCAGCCCAUCUGUCCUGUGGUCCGCCCCUCCAAACACAUUGGUUGGCUUCUUCUAGGCUGUAGAAAAUAUCUCUGAAUAUAUUCUACCCUGGGCAUGCUGCUUCUCUGAGGGUCUCCUUGCCGGAGGUCUUGUAUCUAAUUCCACUCUCUGGCCUGGGUCAGGUGUGUCCUCUGGUCAAUGCGGUUCUCAGCCAUCUGGAUGUCACUAUGGUGCACGACAUUGCUGGUAAGUGCUGUUUCCAGGUCUUCUCCCACUCCAAGAAAGCAUCAGUUUCCCCCAAGGAGUUUUGUCCCUGAACAUCAGGAGACAACCAGACCUCAUUGACUUCAUCCCAUUCUCUUUGGGGAUGUCUUUGUUCCCAUGAAUGAUCCAGAUGAGGUUGAGGUAAAGCCUGCCUCCCCAUCUAAGCCUGACCUGAGAUUGGCUGGGCUAUCUGGAGGAGGAGGAGGCUCAGCCUUCCCCACAUACCUGAGCAUGGUAAGCAUGACUGGUGACCAGAGCUCUUGCUGGACUUCUUCAUAGCCAGAACGUGACUCUAAUCUGACUUUUGUGUUGUUUUUGUUGUUCAGAAUUACUGAUCCAUGGACUAAAAUUUGUCAUCAAAGUCUAGGCCUCCCAGGAAGGGAGGAUCUGCCUUCAUUGAGCUGGUGAGCACUGUUCCACAUUCCUCAGUACUGGAGGAUAGGCCAU